AUGAACGUCCUUGCAGUUCUCUGUGUCUUCGCCCCUCUGGUGAUGAGCCAGCAGGUUUCUGAUCCCACCAAAGUUUGCCUGCCACAGCGGUUCUCUGGCGUGGCUAUCAACCUCGUCACUGAACUAGCGGCCAACUUCUCUAUGGACUUCGGUCGGCAAAAGGUUGCUGCUGAGAACGGAACAAUCCGACAUGUCAUUGACCUUGCUAAAAACCAAGGGUACACCUUCGAUGCUCAGGGCACCUGCAAGAGAUUCACCCUGGGACUCUCAUCAACGUGGCGCCAGUGUCUCCCCAGUUCUGCUGUGUUCAAGAACCAACUGAAAGCUGGUUUGGGCUCUGUCCGUUUCAUCUCUGACUUGUACGAGAUUCCUUUUGGUGCCAAAGCCUCUACAAGAAUCUUAGUUAGCAAGGAGAGCUCUUACAGCCUGCCUUAUCUCAGGAGGGAUACCUUCAACGGCCAGCUAGUGCUCACUCUCUUCGCCAACCACAAACUGGGAGUGAGCGACCCAGCAAUCUUCAACGUUCCAGCAAACUGCUGAUUCUUAUUAUACUCUUGUCACAGAUCGCCUCUCGAGAUAGCAUAGUGGCGUAGAUUAGAUGAAUGAAAUAAAGAAAAGAAUAACUAUA